UCAACGCAUUUAGCCUCUCCGUUGUUUAAUUUCUUGAACAAGAACAAGGAAAAGAAUGUCCAGAAAAGCUUUCACUAUGCCAUCUUUACCAUCACUUUUAACACUAUUCGUUUUGGUUUCUUUGUGUGUCUUUGUUCGUGACGGUGAGGCCUGUCGCAAGGAGAAUGAAGAUGAUGUUUUUGGUGGUGGAAUGAGGCCGUCUAUGGUGAAGAAAGGACACAGGAAAUCUUUAGUGGUGACUGAAUAUGGAGAGAUAUCAGCUGUUGAUAUUUGUAGUGAAAGGAAAGGGGGUUAUCAUCUUGAGUUUAUGACAUUAGAACCUAAUGCCUUGUUUCUUCCUGUUGCUCUUCAUGCUGAUAUGGUGUUUUAUGUCAACACAGGGAGUGGAAAGCUGUCUUGGGCUGAAGAUGGAAGAGAAAUGAAGAGGGUGAACAUAAGAAGAGGAGAUAUUUAUAGGCUGCCUGCAGGCUCAGUUUUCUUUAUGCAGAGCAACUUGGAGCCAGAAAGACAAAAGCUGAGGAUUUAUGCUAUAUAUUCAAAUACAGAUGAAGACCUUUAUGAGCCGUACAUUGGAGCAUACUCUAGUAUCAGCGAUUUGGUUCUUGGCUUUGACAGGAAACUCCUACAAUCAGCUUUUAAGGUGUCUGGAGAUGUAAUAGAAGAAAUGGCAAGUGCAAUGAGGCCACCAGCCAUAGUGCAUGCAAUGCCUGAAGAGAAGAAAUCAAUCCUCAAGGAAAUAGAAGCUAGAUUUCUAAAUGUUCUUAUUGGUAAUAAAGAUGGUGACUUCUAUGGCGUCAAUGGUCACAAGAAAAAGAAAACCAAGAUAUUCAACAUUCUAGAUGCUAACCCAGAUUUCGAAAACUGCAAUGGCUGGAGUGUGACUGUUGGCAGAGGUGAUUUGAAAUCUCUUAGAGGUUCCAACAUUGGUGUUUUCAUGGUGAACUUGACAAAGGGGUCGAUGAUGGGGCCGCACUGGAACCCAAUGGCUAGUGAGAUAGCAAUAGUGUUACAGGGACGAGGAAUGGUGAAGGUGGUCUGUUCCAGCAAUGCAAAUGAAGCAGACUGCAAGAACAUGAGGUUUAAGGUUGAAGAAGGAGAUGUGUUUGCAGUGCCUAGAUUUCAUCCUAUGGCUCAAAUGUCGUUCAACAAUGACUCAUUUGUAUUUAUGGGAUUUAGUACUUCAACAAGGAAAAAUUAUCCUCAAUUUUUAGCUGGGAAGAGUUCGGUCUUGCAAACUUUGGACAAAGAUAUCUUGGCCUUGUCCUUCAAUGUCACUAACACUACAAUUCAUGAGCUAUUGGCUCCUCAGGAGGAGGCAAUUAUAUUGGAUUGUACUUCUUGCGCCGAGGAAGAGCAAACAGUGAUGGAGCAAGAAAUGGAAAAGGAAAGGCAGGAAGAGGAAGCUAGGAAGAAAGAAGAGGAAAGAGAGCGAGAGGAAGAAGAAAGAGAACGAGAGGAAGAGAAAAGAAGAGAAGAGGAAGAAGCGAAGAGGGAGCAAGAGGAGGCAAGGGAACGAGAAGAAGAAAGGGAAAAGAGGGAGAGGGAAGAAAUGGAAAGGAGGGAAAGAGAGCGAAAAGAAGAAGAAGAAGAAAGAGAGAGAGAGGAAGAGAGAAGACGACAAGAGGAAGAAGCGGAGAGGGAGCAAGAGGAGGCAAGGGAACGAGAAGAAGAAAGGCAAAGAAGGGAGAGGGAAGAAAUGGAAAAGAGGGAAAGAGAACAAAAGGAAGCAGAAAAAAGGGAAGAAGAGGAACGAGAAAGACGAGAAGAGGAGGAAGAGAGAAGACGACAAGAGGAAGAAGCGGAGAGGGAGCAAGAGGAGGCAAGGGAACGAGAAGAAGAAAGGCAAAGAAGGGAGAGGGAAGAAAUGGAAAGGAGGGAAAGAGAACAAAAGGAAGCAGAAAAAAGGGAAGAAGAGGAACGAGAAAGACGAGAAGAAGAAGCGAGGAGAGAGCAAGAGGAGGCCAGGGGACAGGAAGAAGAAAGGCAAAAAAGGGAAAGGGAAGAAAUGGAAAGGAGGGAAAGAGAACAAAAGGAAGCAGAAAAGAGGCAAGAAGAGGAACGAGAAAGACGAGAAGCAGCAGCAAGGAGAGAGCAAGAGGAGUCCAGGAGACAGGAAGAAGAAAGGCAAGAGAGACAAAGGCAAGAAGAAGAAGAAGCUAGGAGGCAGAGAGAGAAAGAAGAAGAAGGAGGUGAAGAAGAGCAUGAAGGUGGCGGUGGGGAAGGAGUGAAAGCUCCAAGAAAAGUGUGGAACUGGAAGUUUUAAAGGGUGCAAUUAGCUGCUGCUGCAGUAUUGCAAGAUCGUUACUCUUUAGUUUUGUAUAUUAAUGCGUAUGUCCAGUUUUCGAGCUUCUAUUUCCUUAGUGUAAUAAUAAGCUCUGCGAUCUAUGCUUUUGGACAUCAUGUGCAUAUUGUAAUGAGCUUGAGAGCUUUAGAUUCUUUCACGAGUUUGGUGGUGACUUCUUUCAUGUAAAAGAAGUUUCGGAAUCCAUAUUGGUUCUCUUCUUUC